AUGGGAGAGGAGCGAGCAGAGCGAGGAGAAAGAGGAGAGCGGGGCGGAAGCGAGGAGAUUCAGGAGGGAGAGAAGAAUGGGACGGGAAUCUACCAGAAAAGGGGCAGAGAGGAGAGCAGGGAAGCAAGGGGGACAGGGGAGGAGGAACGAAGAAGGUUGGAGGAGGAGGGGGAGGAUGAUUGGCUCGACGGGGAAGACGCUGCUCUUUCCUUCUCUCCCAGCGCCGACAAGCUCAUACCACUAAUCGCAGGGGCAGCACUUUCUGUCCUUAUCUGCUACGUAACACCACUAGAAGGAUCCCUCGCCUUGCUGGCCGGCGGAUUUGCCGCCUACCAGUUUGUCUUUUUCCUCGCCCCGCUUCGCCCCCUUCGUCUUCUCCCUACUGACCUUGCUACAGGAGAAGGAGGGGGAGUGAGUGAGAAGGGGAGGAGAAGAGAAGAGGAGGAAUGCGAGGAACAGGAGAAGCAGCAGGAGCAGCAGAAUCAGCAGCAGUCACAGAAGGAGCUGCAGCAGCAGCCGCCGUCUCUUUCGGACUCGUUUCCCUCAUCCGCAGCAUCCAGCCUCCAGCAGCAGCCAUCCCAUGCAGAUUCAUCUCCCUAUCUGACAUCUCCUCACCCUCUGCCGUUCCAACUCCCUCCCUCCUCCAUACCGCUUGAUUCUUCCACACCCUCCUCGUCCCACCCCCAACUUUCCACCAUCCAGUUUCUCCCCCUUUACCUCCCCUAUCAAUUCCCAUCGCCCCCACCUUCCCCACCUUCCCCACCUUCCCCGCUCCUCCCAUCUCCCGCAGUCCUCCAAUCGUCCCCGCCUUACCCCCCGCCUCCCCCGUUUCCACUAUGCCUUAGCCGACCCUUGAUACCACCACCCUCCCAGCCCUCAUCUCUUUCCUCCCCCUUGCUCCCAGCCCACUGCCCCUCCUUUUUCCUUUCCAUGGAUAGAGCUGCAAUUGCCUUAGCUGCUCAGCAGCAGCAGGGGGCGGAAGGGGAUGAGAAAGAGGAGCAGAGGAAGGAGCAGCAGCAGCAGGAGGAGGAGCAGCAGGAGGGAGCAUGGGGUGCUGGUGCUGGAACAGCCGGCCAGCUGGCAAGUCUGUGGCUGGCCGUCAGUGUGGUCAUGACAGUGCAGUUCGCAGCUGCAGUGGCGGUUGGCAGUGAGGCGUUUGAGGAGGGUGCCCUAGAUAACACAUCAGCAGUGAGGCGUUUAAGGAGGAAUAGAGACAGCUUGAGAGGGAAUGGUGCUGAAGCUGAAGCAGCGGCAGUGGGAUGGGGGGCAGCUGCUGCAGUGGCGGCCAGCAGUGAGGCGUUCGAGGAGGGUAUUUUCAGUAACCCGCCUCUUUCUGAGACAACUGAAACCCCGUUUGACAGGGGUGCACUGGAAGAAGCAGCAGGGCGGGUGGGAGGGAUGGGGCGAGAGCAAAUGGAAGAGGAAUCUUCGGGGCAUUUUCCCGGUGAUGACUUAAACCAUCACCACCGUCUCUCUCACCCCCUUAACCCCUCCUCUCAUCUCGCCUCCUCUCCUCUCUUCCACCCGUCUCCUCCCUCACCCCACCACUGCAGGCACGCCCUGUUCGCAUCACUCGGCACCAUCGCCACCAUAUCUCUCAUCCUCACACUCUCCGCUGCUCUCGCUCUCACCCUCCCCGACCUCCUCUUCUCCCUCAUCUCCUCCCUCCCCUCCCCUCCUUUUCUCUCAACUGCCUCGCAAUCUUCCUCCUCACAAUUCUCGUCCUCCUCCUCCACCUCGCCCUCGGUGGACGACCGCCGCCUCAUGCCUGCCUCUGCUUCUCUCACGCUAACCAGAGUGCUGGCGCUCGUUUGUCUUCUCUUGGGGCAUUGUUUGGCAUUUUCCUUGAGGGUGGACUGA